GCGGGUCUUUUCGACAGAAGUCUAAGGUUUGGUUUAGUUGAUUGCUCGCUUGUUUUUUCCUCUCGAUAGUACAGAUCGCAAUGCUUCCAUCCUUGUACGAGCAGUCCGACGCCAACUGUAAUGAUUGCGCUGUCCUCAGUCAGUAGUUCUUCAAAUUCGAACCCAGUACUCAAAGAACUCAUUGUCAUUUAUCGCAUUGCGCCGUAGUAAUACACACCACACAAUAAACAAAAUACUGAAAAACCCCGACUAGAACACCACUUUCCGUAAAAGUUCCAGCAAAAUGUCGUCGAACCGGCAGUCAAAAUUGUUCAACAUCAACGUCCGGGCCCCCCUGCAAAAGAUCUACGACUUACUGGACGAGGAUUAUGGGGCGAAGAAAGCGAAGCACCACGUCAAUGCGGUCUCCGUGAAGGCCGCCAUGACGUGUUUCGAGAAAAAGCAAGCGGAAGACCGCGCGCCGUUCCGUUUCCCGGUUCCCGACGAAAUCGGGCGCAAGAUUUACGCGUUUCUGCGUCCGGAUGAUCUCCCGGUGUUUACGAAGGUCGAAAAAAUGUUGCAUUUGGAUCCGGAUGUAGGACUGCGUGUUUGCGGCCAAUCCUUUACUUCUGGAAAGGAGGUGGUGUGGAAGCCGGCGGUUGCUUCUUAUGAAGCCCUGGCAGUACCUCUUUUUACCGAGGUCCGCUUUCUUCCGCACUGCGCAGACGAGGAUAUGGUUGUCAGCAACGCCUGGGACGUCAUGUGCAAAGUGCCCGGGUCUGCUUACUUUGAAAAAGUUCCGAGCGUUGAAAUCACUGAUUUGCAACUGGGUGCGGUAUUCAGUUAUCGCCACGAAAAGAAUGCGGGCGCCGAAUACAAACACAACAUCAACGUACAUCUCCGGUUUGACCACCGUUAUUUGCCAACCUCGCUUCGGAUGGCUCUCGCACAGAAGUUGGCCGCUGGGGAUCCCUACGCCAAAAGCGAGAAAGAAUUUCUCGAAAAGCUGAAGAAGUAUUGUCUACAGUCUCCAGUACCAGCCCGCAUUGAGCGAUGCGUAGUUAGGACUGAAUGGCAGCGCAGAGGCGAACAGAUUCGCGUUAGCAGCGCACUGAACCUUGCUGGUAUUCCUGGAAGGACCUUUGGUCUCUUUGACCCCCCCCCAGAGGAAAUCCCAAGCCCCUCUAUUACCUUGACAGAAUUAAUUCGCCGCAUCAAAAACUCCCCGCCCGGAUUUCCCAAGCGCCUGCGGCUGCCCGGAGAUGAUAAUGACGCCCAUGAGGAGUCCGCCUACAUUGUGCCCGAGAUCGUGUUCCAACUUUUUCCAAAGCUCGAGAAAAAAGAUGCCGAACGGCUUUUCCGCGACGGUGAUGUGUCCUUGACGUCGACCGUGCCGGUGGAAUUAGUGCAGCUGUUGCUUCACUUGGAGCCGGUGAUCGAGCAGGCAGCACCCUGAGGAGAAAGCUAGGACGGUUUUGGUUGCGAUUACCAAGUAUGGAAUACGUAGAAGAAACGAUUUGGAAAGAACGCCCAGAUGGAGAUCGAGUUGCUCCAGUUUUGUCCGCUUACAGGACGGAAGAUGAAGAGAGUGCAACGAAAAACAUGCUGAUCGUUUGAUCGUUAGGUGGUGCUAAAGCUGAGUAUCGAUGAUGUCGUGCCCUCAUUUCCACGAAUUAAAUUUUUACCUUUGGCGAAAAUAACAAUUGUAUCGAGCGAAACUGGUGCACGAGGCGGAGCAACAAGUGAAAAGAGGCGGUGGUUG